CAUAAUGCCAUCAUUAGUAACUGUGUAGCUACGCUACAAGAAAAAAUAUUUUUUCAUAAGUAUUAAUUGCAAUAAAUCGAUUGAGCAGAAAUUGACAACUGCGGAUAUUGCGAUUGGGAUUGUAGAAGUCCCAAGCAAUAAUCCAAAUAUAUAUACUGAAUGGAUCAAAAACACUAAAUUUGACGGAACGACGGAGACAAAGGUAAUAAUAUAUUAACAAAAUGACACAAUAUCUGCCGCCAAAUCUUUUGGCGUUAUUCGCCUCACGGGAUCCAAUACCGUUUAUGCCGCCGGUGGACAAGUUGCCACAUGAAAAAAAAUCACGAGGGUAUUUGGGCGUAGCCAAUUUCAUGAGCGACUUCGAAGACCCAAAGGACACACCACCGCCUAAAACAGUGGAAACGCGCCAAGAGCGACUGGAAAGAAGGCGUCGCGAAAAGGCUGAACAAGUCGCAUAUAAACUGGAACGUGAAAUUGCUCUGUGGGAUCCAACUGAGAUUAAAAACGCUACAGAAGAUCCAUUCCGCACUCUCUUCGUAGCGCGCAUAAACUACGACACCUCCGAGUCUAAACUUCGGCGUGAGUUCGAGUUCUACGGGCCCAUCAAAAAAAUCGUGCUCAUUCAUGAUCAGGAGUCAGGUAAACCCAAGGGCUAUGCUUUUAUUGAGUACGAGCAUGAACGGGACAUGCACGCAGCGUACAAACACGCCGAUGGUAAGAAGAUAGACAGCAAGCGUGUUCUGGUGGAUGUUGAGCGCGCUCGAACCGUUAAGGGCUGGCUACCACGUCGACUAGGCGGCGGCUUGGGCGGCACACGGCGAGGUGGCAAUGAUGUGAACAUCAAGCACUCCGGCCGCGAGGACAAUGAGCGUGAGCGUGAACGCUAUCGCUUGGAACGUGAGCGUGAGGAUCGCGAGGGUGGUGUUCGUGGCGGGGCCAACAAUGGUCUCGAUGGACGUGGUGGUCGGGCUCCUUACGGCGGAGCUGUGGGCGGUGAGAGGCGACGCUCGCGCUCCCGAGAUCGCAGAGAACGCGAUAGGGAACGCGGCGCACGUGUCGGUCGCUCACGCAGCCGGUCGCGCGAACGACGAAAACGUCGUGCCAGUAGCAGGGAUCGUGACUAUGACGAUUUCGAUGGACGACGGGAUAGGCGCGACAGGGACCGCGAUCGCGAUCGUGAGCGUGAGAAGAAAAAGAAGCGCUCCAAGUCACGCGAACGGGAAUCAUCUCGCGAACGGCGCGAGCGCAAGCGUGAGCGACGAGAUAGGGACCGGGGAGGCUCUGAUCGCAGUGGUGGCGGCGAUCGCGAUGUCAAGGAACGUAAACCAGAUUUCCGUGAAAUGGACAUGAUUAAGAUCAAGGAGGAACCUAUUGAUGACGGUUAUCCAACAUAUUCGAUGAAUGACUAUCAAAACACGUCCAUCAAACGUGAACUAGACGAUGAGAAUGAGGAAAAGUAUCGGCCGCCUGCUACGCAUCAUAAUAUGUUUAGCGUGCCUCCACCGCCGAUACUUCCACGCAGCAACAAUCCCGAUAAUGGUGGCCAAAAUGCCAGCGAUCCGACUUGGUGGCGUCAGUGAGAGUCCUGUCCAUCGACAGAACAGCAAUAACAAUUGGUAAUCGAGUACGAUAACAAUUUUCAGAAUUUGUUUCUUGUAAUCCUGCGCUGGUAACACACUAUUAUUAUAAUUGUAACAAAUCCAUCAUUUGGCACAAUCGAUAACGUCGAUUGUUUUUACUUAUUUAUUCAAUUGCAAUUUGAAAUUUAAAAUUCAUAGCGAGUCAGCCAGUGGGAUGAUACAGUUCGGAAUCAUUGAUGCGUAAGACAAGCUGUAAGUCCGUUUUAAGCUGGAAGCACUUUCAGUUGCUAUUUUUAAUUAAUCUUGAAAGCAAAACACAAAAAAAGCAGUAACAAAACUAAAAAAAAAAAAAAAAAAAAAAAAAAAAAACGUAAAUCAACAAAAUAAUUGUGCAUAGCUUAAAUACGUUUAAAUAUGUAAGUAAAUCUUAACAAUUGAAAAUGAAGAGUAAGUAAAAAUAAAUCAGA